AUGGACCGUGCUGAUGCCCUGGAUGAGCAAAGCAAAUGUGAUUUUUAUCGACGGUUCAGGUCAUCACGUCAGCGAGAAAACAGUAUCGCUAAGUGGCCUCAAUCUCUUCAACCAUCUUCCAGACGACACCGCCUACACAAUCAUCUGCAUUCGACUUUUAGCUUAAAUAGCCUUUGGAGUCGCGUACGGUGCAUAGCAGCUGUAGAAUUUGAUGACCUCUUUAUCGUGACGUCAAGAAUUGUGUUUCCAUCUUGCCUUAGUACAGCUGCCCGUAGUCUAGUCGACGGAGUGUAA